GUCUGUAACGUAAUUCUAAGGCAGUUCGAUCGGUAGCGGGAGCGGAGAGCGGACAGUAGGGAGCUCGAAGGCAGCAGCCCCACCGCCGGCCUGAGUUACCAUCAACACCCGGGAAGUUAAGCGAGCCACCGCCGGCCCGAGUCACCACCUCUGAAGGAACACCAAAUUUAACAACCAACAUAAUGAGCAGCGAGGUCGAAACACAGCCGCCGCAACAGCAGCCAGCCGCCUUGGAGAGUAAACCAGACCCAGAACCGGCGGCUACCGUGGGGGAGAAGAAGGUCAUCGCAACCAAGGUUUUGGGCACAGUCAAAUGGUUUAACGUACGCAAUGGAUAUGGAUUUAUUAACAGGAAUGACACCAAGGAAGAUGUGUUUGUACAUCAGACUGCCAUUAAGAAGAACAACCCUAGAAAGUACCUUCGCAGUGUGGGAGAUGGAGAAACUGUAGAGUUUGAUGUAGUGGAAGGAGAAAAGGGUGCAGAGGCAGCUAACGUAACUGGUCCUGGUGGUGUUCCAGUUCAAGGCAGUAAAUAUGCAGCAGACCGUAACCAUUAUAGGCGCUAUCCACGUCGCAGGGGUCCUCCACGUAAUUACCAGCAAAAUUACCAAAAUAGCGAGGGUGGAGAAAGACCAGAAGAAACUGAGAGUGCACCAGAGGGAGAGGGUCCCAACCAGCAACGACCAUACCGCAGGAGAAGAUAUCCUCCAUUCUACUUGCGGAGACCUUAUGGACGCAGACCACAAUAUAUAAAUAAUCCAGUACAAGGAGAAGUUGUAGAGGGUGCAGAUAACCAAGGUGCAGGAGAGCAAGGCAGACCAGUGCGACAGAAUAUGUACAACAGAGGCUUCAGACCAAGGUUCCGCAGGGGUCCACCACGUCAGCGACAACCAAGAGAAGAAGGAAAUGAAGAGGAUAAAGAAAAUCAGGGGGAUGGAACCCAGAGUCAGCAGCCAAGUCAACGCCGGUACCACCGUAAUUUUAACUACAGACGCAGACGCCCACAGAACCCUAAACCACAAGAUGGUAAAGAGACCAAGGCAGCCGAAACACCAGCUGAGAACACGUCCGCUCCCGAGGCUGAGCAGGGCGGGGCUGAGUAAAUACCGGCUUACCAACUCUACCACCAUCCGGUUUUGUCAUCAAAAAAUCAAGAUUGAAAUUCCAGCAAUAAGAAAUGAACAAAGAAUUGGAACUGAAGACCUUAAGUGCUUGCUUUUUGCUGUUGACCAGAUAACUUCAUCCUGCAUAGAGUAUGCAGAGAUGGUUUUUAUUUUUUACCUAAGUCUUUUUGGGAAUGACAAUUUUUUAAAAGCAUAUUUUUUUUUUUUCUCAAUGUACCUUCAAAGGGUUUUUAAAUUGUUUCCUAUAUAUCUGGUCAAGCUAAGAUUUUUAAGAACCUCAUUUUUUUCAUUUGUAAAAAAAUGUACACCUGAUUUUAUUCAAGUCAACAAAUUGCAAGCAUCUAUUAAUAAAGGUCUCAAACGUA